AUGUCAAAAGUGCAUCUAAAAGUUAAGACUCUCAAAGUAAAUAUCAAACAAAAGACCUUUGAUUGUUGGAUUGAUAAUUUUAUAUUUUAUUUGGAGGUUUUUAAACUAAUGAUGAGAAUGCAUAAAAAGUAUUCAGAAAUAGUAAACUAUUUAUGAUCAUUUUAGUGGAUGUGGUUUGGUCACAGUAGAUUAAAAUACAUUCAAUAAAGAGGAAGUUUAAUUUUAUAUCUUUAUUCUAUACAACUCACAGAAUUCUUGGUGAUUUGUAUUAAGUAAACUUUAGUUUAUUUUAUCUGA